AUGAAAUCUUCAGCUUUUCUGCUUUUUGUCCUUUUUAAAUCAUCCUUACAAUGUGGAAGCGUUGGAGGUAAUUGUAAUGUAAUCUGUAAUAGUAGUGUGUAGGUGGGGCUGAUGGUCGUAUCUACACAAAUCCAUCACUCCAAUGGGAGAUGUCGCCCCCUGCUGCUUGGACAUAUCCAGUCUCAUAUGCCCAACAAACAGGGCAGUUCUUUGCCCAGCAACCUCUGACACAGCAAGAUGCGAUAAAUAAAGCGCAAUCCGAUAUGCAAUCCGCCGUAAGUCAAGCACGUAAUGAACGCAUUUCCAAUUAUUCUGAUUUAGGUUUUGACCGCACUAUCCGAGAACGACCUGCCUACCAAUAAUGUGAGGGUUAGUACCGGUUACUCUGCUCAGCAAGUCAGCGAUUGUGUCAAAGUAACUCCCACUUCUACUGGUCAGGGAAUCCCUUCGACGACCACCGCAAAUCAAGAAUUUGGAGUGGAGGAGCAAGGAGCGAUCACUCGCUUGGCCCAGUCCUCAAUGGAUGUUCCUGUUGCUAUGUGUGCGGCAAGAAGUUUUACAAUGGUCACAUACAGACCCAAUAUUGUACAAGGAUCACUACAAGUGAGCUCUAUUCAAAUUACGUCCAAUGUUGAUACAGUAUGACAUGAAUGUUUUUUAGAUAAAUGGCCUCACGCUCAGUGGAUUCCAGCUCCGAAGUUUGGUGGGUCAGAUACAAUCUCUUCUCAGUUUCCGGUCUCAUGUUCGAUUUCAAACUCCGAUUACUUAUUCUUAA